UACUCCUAAACCCUAGCGCCUCCGCCCCUUCCGGCCUAAACGCGUUAGCCAUGGCGACAACAGACGCCGCCGCCGCCGUCGCCCCAGCCCCCGCGGUUUCCCUCGACGAGACCAAGGCAAAGAAUGUCCUCCGCCUGGUCGAGUUCUACUUCGGAGACAUCAACCUCCCCCGCGACCGUUUCCUGCUGCACCACGUCCAGGAGAGUGAGGAUGGAUUGGUGAGCUUGGCUCUCAUCUGCUGCUUCCGCAAGAUGAAGUCGUACCUUGGUCUAGAUGCCAGUGUGAAGGAGGACAGCGUGCCUGAGACGAUAGUGCUUGCGGUCGCCAAGGUGCUGCGGUGUUCAGAGGCCCUCCGCGUCUCUGAGGACGGAAAUAAAGUUGGGAGAGCUAACGAGCUGCUGUAGCCAGAUGAGAUUAUAGAGCAAGCUGACUCUUUAGACUGCACGUCUUGUAAUAAUCACUUCGAGCAAAGUACUUGAAAUCACUUCUGUAGCGUGAGCUGGAUGCAAGUUUCGCCUCCUCUUCUUGUGUUUGAGCAAGAGACAAAGCCGAAUCAGGGAAAUACACUUUGGUUCCUGGUUGUAGAUACACCCUA